UAGUCUCUCAGUGUCGUUCCAGCCGUGGCUUCGUACGGUCGUAGAACGAGACUCGUGUCGAGAUAUCCCUGUCCACGUUCUCGAACUCUUUCGAGUAUUUUCGCGAUCGGUGGACGAUAUAUAAACGCGCACGCAUCCCAUACACACUUUCUCUAUAUUUCUCUCUAUUGUCUCUGUUUUUGUCUCUCUUCCUAUCUCUUUUUUUUUUCUUUCGUAUUUCAUCGAUUUCUUUCUACACUCAUCGAAGAUCAUUUCGAUCGGAGUGAUCGAGUAUAUAUUAUCGGGGACACAUGCAUCAUGGGCUAGAUCGAGUACACUUGGCUCGUGGAGAUGCCGAGAGGAAAGACGCGUUCGAAGAAACUGGGUCAGUGGUGUUGAGUGUUCUGUGAUCGUUUAUUCCUCCGGUGAUCGAAAGAGAAAAAUAUAUAACGAAAAGAAAUAAAAAAACAAAAGGGGGGGGGAUCGAGAUUCUUUUUUUUCUUCGUUUUCUUUUCCUUUUUUUUUUUUUCUUUGUUUUUAAGAAGACGUGAAUCCGAUGUGUCCGAUCCUGAGCUAAUAUCCUUGAGGAAUUGGUGAAUAAGGGUGAUAAGGUUCGAUAAGUAGUCUAUUAUUGUAAGAUGAGCCCGGGCUCUCAGGGCACCCUGGAGGUGGAGCGUUACAUCGGUAGCUGUUUGAUAUCGUCGAACGUUCGAAACGGAACGCACAAGGCGAUCCUUGGAAAGAAACAGGAUCAAAACAAUCUGCGUGGGAAAAAUACUAAAGCCUGUUACGGUGGACAGAAUUACGCUAGUGGCGGCGAGCAAUGCUCAAUGCAAUACGGCACGGUUUCCGGUGGUUGGGCAGGUGCUCCACUCAUUUCGAUGACGUCCAGUCCUCGUAGAUGUAAUCAAGGUUUGUCACCUUCGUUGGGACAACAACAGCAACAGCAUCAACAAUCGUCCCAGCAACAGCAAUCGCAAGCUUGCGAGCAACAACAACAACAACAGCAGCAGCAACAGCAGCAGCAGCAACAGCAGCAGCAGCAGCAGCAGCAGCAGCUGAACGGACACCUGCACAAAAGUCCCCUCUCCAGACUAGCCAUUCACACGCAGGGAGCGCCGUUGAUUCUCGCCGGUCGAUUUCACAAUCGAGGAAAAAUACACACUGGCAACGCCGUCGGCCUCGGCAACGGCGUUCCCAGCAGCAGCCUCGCGGUUGGUGGUUACGUUCACACUAAUGGAAACUCAUCGGCGAACUCGAUGAACGGUACGAUGAACAGUACGAUGAACGGUUCAACGAGCGGACCUACGCGAUGUCCAGCGCCACCACGACCCAGGAGACCAAUGGAAUCUACGAAAAAGGUUCAAACAGGAAAUGGAAAGGGGGAUUGUUCGAACGUCUCCAAAGAUUCUACGGGGACAAAUAUUGCGAAUAUCGAUUCGUUGAGUAUCGCUAGCGAUGAAAGUUCCGGAUCGAACAAUUCUGAGAAUAGUCUACCCCGCAUCAUAAAACCACGGAAGCGUAGAAAGAAGGAUAGGAAACCUCCGAAUGGAGGGAUAACAACGUCAUCGACGGAUGGUAGUUCGACGACAACGACGACGACAACGACGAUAACGGCGGUGGCAACGACGACGACGACGACGACGACGACGACGGCAAUGGCGACGAAAUCGGAUGAACCUCAGCAGCAACGAACGAGUCCUAACGCCGUUAACGAACAAUCAGGCGUCGUUAUGCCGUUUAAACCUUACCUAUCGUCUAGCUGUUACGAUCAUCAAAGAUACGAAAGUGGAUCGGCUCAACAGAGAAACCACAGAAGACCACCGAUCGGUAGGGAAAGUGUUUACGGCUCUUGUCGAGCGCAGGUGUCCUCCGUGCAGGCCAUUGCCGACAUCAGGCAACAGAGGUACGCGCAUCGGCACGUGCAAGUGAAAGUGCUGGACGACAACAGAAACGUCGUCGUGCCCGGCACGAUGCGAGCGAUUCAGUCGAAAGCUUAUAGGCCGCACAGUCAUCAUCAUCAUCAUCAUCAUCAUCAUCAUCACGUAGUUAGCAACAACAACAACAACAACAACAAAAACAACAACAACAGCGGCAACAACAACAAUAAUAACAAUAAUAACGUUGUGUCUCGUUACAUACAUCAGGAUUACAACGACGCAACGGCAACCUGCGAGGACGGUUUUACCGACGGAUUGGGACUUUGUCAGUGUCGUUAUUGCGAUCCUUCUGGAUUAAUUUGGGACGUAGAUCAAAACGGAUAUUCCCCUUAUCUAACCGCACCAACGUGUAACGAUUUUUGCCCUGCCAAUCACCAAUAUCCUCAACAGGCACCAACGAUGUUUCUGUCGCGUGGCUCGUCUCUCGGUUGUCAAGAUCGACAGCAACACCAACAUCAGCAUCACCAGCAACAUCAACAUCAACAUCAACACCAACACCAACAUCAACAUCAACACCAACAGCAGCAAGUAACAAUCGAGAGAUUAUUCGACGCGGAAUGUUCGCGUAUAACGCGACCAGAACGCGAUGCCUCUAGCACGGUAAUCCUAAGGCGUAGCUGGAGCGAUCCAACUAGUUACUUCAGCGAAGAGAUUACCGCACCCAGUAGAGACGUCGGCGUGAUUGGUGACAGAGGUCAAUCGGAGAAUGGCAAACGUUGCGGAGGAACGUUUUGGCACGGUGAUACGACGGCAUCCGCUGGCAUGGCCAACGGCACAGCAAACGUAUCUUCAUCGAACGGUAACUUGGGUAAUUCAGCUAGCUCGCCCUCUUCUAAGGGCCUCGAGGUCUCCACGGAAAUUGUUACUUCGCCGAACGGUCAUCGGGACUUGGAAAUCAAGUUUUAUUCUCCAUCGCCAAAUGCACCGUCGGCAACAAAUGCGAUCGAGGAAGACAAGUCGAUAUUCGUCGAGGAAGACGAGGAAGAUUUCAAUGAUAUUUGGAGUUAUCACGAGUCGAAAUUGCAAAAGGAUUUUCGAAGUUUAUUACAGGCGGAAGAGUGAAGAGGACAAGAAUUAUGGGACGGGCAUGAUCUAAUCUGGUUUUCUAUUUACUUUUAAAGAUCAGAGAGAGAGAGAGAGAGAGAGAGAGAGAGAGAGAGAGAGAAAGAGAGAUUAAUAGAGAAAGAAAAAAAUGAAAAGGAGAGAGAGAGAGAGAGAAAUAAAGAGAGUAUAAAUGAAAGGCCUAUUUCGAGGAGCCAUGAGAAGAUGAUGCUCGACGAGACUCGACUUAGGUAGCGAUCGUGAAAGUCAGUAACGACGAACAGAGAAAAAGCAACGAAACGACGCGUGCCGAACGGCGCGAAGGAGUAGUAGUCGCUUGGUGGGGAGGAGAGAGUUCCUCCUAACGGUGCAAGUAGUAUACACGUAGUGUACGUGACAAGCCUACACGGAGAGGACGGACGACGACUACGACUACGACGACCAUGACGAAGAAGAAGACGAAGAGAAGACGACAAUGACAAUGACGAUGUUCGUUCGUUCGUUCGUUCGUCCGUUCGUUCGUUCUUUGAUUGCGAACUUUUCGUCAUAGUUUGGCCUCCUUGGGAGAAGAUAUAAUAA